CUUUGGUUCAUGGAAAGGACUGUGAAAAGAGACCACCCUUCCAUUGGAUUGUAUGGCUUCAAGUCUGGCUCCAUGUGGCUGGGGAAGGAUGCCAUCAUCUUUGCCAAGAGUGGAGGGGCUCUCAGCAUGGGAGACCUACAUUCCCAGACCUACAUGGACUGUGUCCAUGCUGAGACAGUGAUUAUCCCACUGGUGUCAUCCAGCCAGCAAAAUGAGAAAAUGAUUGUUACUGAAGACUCUGUGCCUAGCCUGGAGGCCAUCCUGGAGCAUACCCUCGUCAAGACUGAGGGGGAGCUGCUGGCACGGUUUAAUGCCAUACCAGGCAAAAAGGACACAUGCAUCCUCAUCUGGAACAUUCACAGAAAUAAAGAUGGGAAGCUGGAGCUGGAUUUUCAUACAAAUGAGCGUGAUGUUCAGAUAGCAGACUUCCUUGCAGACGAUGGGGACAUUCCCAGCAGAAGGAUUCUGCACUCUCAGAAGUUGGUUCCAGAGUUUCCUGGCCCAGAAAUGGCAUAA